GCAGGAAUCUGAACCUUGUACUCUGUCAGGCUUUCACAAGCAACGUCCACCAAAUUCACGGUUACCAAUGCUGCUUUCAGGAUAACGAGGAAAUGAAGUUAUUUUUGCUGUUUUUCUUCUGCCGUGAUUUAUUUGCAGCAAAACACUCACUGAAGCAUGUGGCCACUGGAUCGUCAGGAGUCGCAAACAUAUCAGAGUUUUUGAGUGAAAUGGUGUUUGAUGGCAUUCAGGCGGGUUACUGUGACAGCAGGAACAAAAUACUAGAACCAAGACAGGACUGGGUAAAGAAAAUAUUAGAUGACAACCCUCAGCAGCUGAAGUCUUUGACUGUACAGUGUUUUGUGACUCUGCCAAACUUAUUCCGAGCCUGGAUUUUUGGUUUACAGCAGCAAUUUAACCAACCUGGAGGCAUCCACAUUUUACAGAGUAUAAGUGGCUGUGAAUGGAAUGAAAGCACUGGCGAGAUGAUCAACUUUUUACGGUAUGCUUACAACGGAGAAGACUUUCUUGAAUUUGAUAUGAAGACAUUAAGGUGGAUCGCACUGAAACCAGAGGCUGUCAUUACCAAACAGAGAUGGGACACUGACGAAAAUAGAAUAAAAUACACCGUCGAGUUCCUCAGUAGGACUUGUCCAAUGUGGCUGAAGAUGUCUUUGGAAAGUGGGAAACGUUCCCUGCAGAGAACAGUUCUUCCCUCAGUGUCUCUCCUCCAGAAGUCUUCGUCCUCUCCAGUCAGCUGCCACGCUACAGGUUUCUACCCUCAAAGAGCCGUGAUGUUCUGGAGAAAAGAUGGAGAGGAGAUUCAUGAUGGUGUGGAUCCUGGAGAGAUCCUCCCCAACAAUGAUGAGACCUUCCAGAUGUGUGUUGAUCUGAAUGUUUCAGUCAGACCAGAAGACUGGAGCAGAUACGACUGUGUGUUCCAGUUCUCUGGUGUGGAGAACAACACCGUCACCACACUAAACAAAUCAACCAUCAGGACCAAUUGGGAAAGGCGUGCUGACACGAAGAUCCCCGUCACUGCUGCUGUGGUUGUUCUUGUUCUUCUCAUCCUCGUUGCUGCAGUUGGAUUUGUUGUUUACAAAAAGAAGAAACGUGAGAGCUCUAAAGGAGCUCCUAACAACCUCUCUGAACUCUCUGAGAGACUGAAUCCAGAGACCACAUAAACCUGCACUCAGAGAUUUCUUCACUUUUAAACAGUAAAAAUCCCAGGAAAAAGUUUCAAAGCAGUAUUAUAUGCAUGUUGUUUAAAAAGCUUUCUUUUUUUGAAUUCUUCUUUUGCAUUUUGUAAUCAUUUGUAGGAAGUAUAUUUUUUUAAUAUGUGAAAGAAUCCUGUUGACAUUCAAGUAAAAUCUAUUUUUUAUGUUUCAGCUUAUUGUUAAAAAUGUUAAAAAUUUUCCUCAGAUUUGCACAUUUGUAUUCACAUAUCAAGAGCCGCUGUAAAACAUAUUUUAUAUUAUAUAUAAAAAUACAUGAAUAAGGUGAUGGCUUACUUUGUACUGUCAGAACAGUCUUGGUCGGGAUUGAUUCUCCAAGUCUCAUCAUCUAAACCCCUCAGCUGGUUUUUGGAUGAUGGUA